AUGGCACCUCAUUUACGUUCAAGUUCUCGAGCUACCUCGAAUAAUUCUCGCCCUUCUACCCCCACGGCAACUUUACCACCUGCAGACUACAUCUACGGAGACUCUAACAGACCGCGCAAGCAGCGCCGUACGGGCCGCAACUCGCGCGUCGGUGUCGAAUCCAUGGAUGAUUCUCGAGAGGCCACCACGGAGCCACAGGACGCUUCUACGACCAAUUGUUCACAUCCUCUUGCUGAGAAUGGUGACCAGCCAAAUCGUCAGCCGCAUGUGGUCGGAGCAGAUGGAAAAAUAACCAUCGACCAACUGGUUCAUGAGUCGAAAUGGGAUGAGCCUCCUGUGAGAGAUCCUCAACCCAGUUACAAAGACUACACUUGGUCCGGCGCCUGGUACGGCACCAAUCCAGCCCUGUCUACCAUGCGGCCCUUGGGACAGCUCCCCAACGCAAGUGACAAGCGCAAAGCUGGGCUCAAGCCGCCCAAGCCGCCAGCCAAGGAAACCAAAGCAAACAACAAGAACAAGGCGGCCAAAAAGACAGCCAGCCAACAAAACAGCACGCCUGUCAACGAAGUUGUCACAAACAAAUCUGACUCAGAACCUUUGCCACUGUUUACAUCAUCUGAGUUUGAUGUUGAAAAAUUACGAACGCCGGUGCAAGCUGCUUUGAGUGUUGCUGAAGAAAAAGGUGACCUCGCAGUAUCCCAAGGUCUGCGUCAGAUGUGGAAGCAAGGCACCACCGAUCCUUUCAUGCUUUCCGUCCUUAAUAGUGUGAUGAGAAAAACUCCAGACGCAGAACAAAAGGCCGUCUUCAAAGCAAUUAUGCGCGCUGCCUAUAAGCAAACACGCCCAACCCUACCUCUCCCCGAAGCUACAGAAGCAGAGCCAAUAAGUCGCUCACUAUCUACUAACAGCAUUACUUCUGUGUCUUCUGCAAAAUCGGCCGAUGCGAGUGCUGCCAAACCUAUCACUACUACAACCAUGACUGAAAAUGGUACUGGCGCUGUCACUAGAGGACGCAAAAGGGCUCGCGAUUCAGAAAUAGCUCCCUCUUCAACUUCCAAUCUGGUUGAUGCUUCUGGUCAGAAGAGAUCGAUUGAAGAAGUUUACGACGGGGAGGAGAAAGAGGAUGCAGCUUCGGUUGCAAAACGCACUCGUCGCGACAAUUUCUCCAUUAUGGUAAAACCAAGUCAGAUUCGGUCUUCCUUGAGCAGGGAAAGUCCAAUGAGUGCAUCAGGCCCCAGGACAAGAAAUAAAGCAGCCAAAUCAAAUGGACUAGUGUCAAAUCAACAUGCUGCAGACGAAGGUCCUGAUAAUAAUGACUUCUGUCGGCAAUGCCAGCGCAGUGGUUCACUACUUUGUUGCGAUGGAUGCGUAAACUCGUAUCACUUUUCAUGCCUGGAACCUCCUCUGGAUCCUGCACAUCCUCCAGAAGGGGAGUGGUUCUGCCCAUCGUGUCAAAUGCGCAACUCGUUUGGCUCCCUUGUGAACAAUAUUAAGGACAGCGAACAAGACUUCCAGCUUCCACUCGAUAUACGAGAGUAUUACCAGGGCGUGCAAACUGGGAAGGGCGGCGUCUACCAGCAGGUUGCGGCGAACCUUCGACCUGGAACUCAUGGUAGAGGCAAGAAGGAAGGUAGCAAAUCAGACCAAGAAUUCCUUACCCGGCAGUUUGAUGCCAAAGGCAAAUUGAUUGUUUGUAUUGCAUGUGGCUUGAGCUCGAACGGUACUCGCCCUAUCAUCCAGUGUGACUAUUGCCCAUGCUACUGGCACAUGGACUGCACCGACCCGCCGAUGCCAAUCCCGCCGAAACAACAGAAUGCCAGUGAAAAGACCUAUCAUAACUGGAUGUGCCCCAAUCAUAUUGACCAUGAGCUCGCUAUCGUUCAUGAUGAGAACGGCGGAAAUGCUGCCAAGGCCCGCAUCCGCCGACCCCGAAACCCGCGUGUUAUUGAUGUUGAUGUCUUACCAGACGAUUCAGAAGUCGAAGAAUUACAGGAGACAGAAACACAAGGGAUUGUCUAUCGAGUUUCUGAAAAUGGCCUGAAGCUCAAUUUUCUCGAACGUGUCAAACGGGAGAACUUCGAAGCCGAAGUUCGUGCUUCAGCCGCAGCCCAGUAUAGGGAUUAUGCCUGUCGCAAAUUGGACCAACUAGUUGAACGAGCAACAGCAUUUUACGAAAAAGCAUUCGCACCCGAACCUUCGACUGUUGUUGAUGAUGCACGAGCUGCGAUUUUAAAUUCGCGUUCAGAUGCGGAUAGAGAGGCUGUCGCCAACCUUGUCGCUUUUGCCACGGAGAAUCGUGAUGCUCAACUCGUCCAGUCUGAAAAGAUUGGCUAUCUUGUGGAUGUGUUACUUGCAUCUUCGCCAGACGGAGCGCCAAAAGCUUUGAAUGAACUUGAUUCUCUUCAGGCAUUGAAAGAUCUUAUUGAUCGUCGCAUUGGGGUAUUGCAGAGCCCUGAUUGAACACUUGAACGCCUCCUUAACCUCGAGCGUCAAUUAUGAUGACGCAAGCUGACAUCUAUGUACCAUAGCAGUUUAUACUGCAUCUUCUCGCCUUGAAGAACUCAUCGUGUCUAUUACACAUAUCACAAGUAUUAUUUUGCAAAUUUCAAAAAAAAAAGGCUGAAAACGGCGUCCAGCUUGUUAUUGUUCUUCCCGCCGUUAUUCGUUCUGCCCAUUGCAGGCAUCAUUGGCAUAUAAGCCUCGUCUUUUCUUCAUUUUUGGUUGUCUUUUUCUGUUCCCAUUAGUCUUUUCACCAUUCUCGUUCUACUUUUUGUGCGUAUACGUCCUUAUUCUUUCAUGUUACUCUUUUAUUUAGGGUAGAUGAUUUAACUACCUUGUAUGCCUCCAGGACCAUUCCGAAUAUUGUAUGUUAGUCGAAGGUUUAGGAAUGGGAAAGGCUAUUCAUUGAU